AUGGCCGUGCCAAGCUUGGAAGACUUGCUUGCCGAGCUGGACAGGCAAGAGGAAGAGGAGGUGGUGCAGGAGACCGAAUGCACGCCACCUGAGCCCGCCGAGACUCGAAGGGACGUGCCUGCAGAGGAUGCUGUCGCACGGGGAUGUGUGGAGGGUGGCAGCGCGCCUAGCGGGAAGAGAAGGGGCGGCCGCUUCUCGCAAUUCGCUGGCAGCACUGAUGCAAAGCCCAGCAAGUUGGAGAGUGCCACAAACGGAUGUGACAGUGUUGAUGGCACCGUCACUUCUGCUUCCAUCGCGCAGAGAUACGGGCGACCACUGAGCUGCGGCCAUGAUUGCGACGCAUCAACCCAUGACGACGACCGGAGUCCUCACACGAGCUUGACUGCCACCUCUGGUCAAGCUGCGCAGGAGCCAGAAGCUUUGCCGCGCUUUUCUGAGCUGCUCUCGCAAUUGGAUGGGGACGUAAUGGACACAGAACGACAGAGGGCGCAGGCAGAAGCGGCCGCUUUUGAGGAGAGGCAGAGGCAGGCCAGGCAUGAAGCCGCUCAGAAAGCUGCGGAGGAAGAAGUUCGGCGUGUGGAAGCCGCCCGUGAAGCGUGGGAGCGGCAUCGUAUGGCGGCUGAAGAGUCUGAGGAGCGCCGUCAAAGGGCCAAUCGCCAUGCCCUGGAGCUGGAGGAAAAAAUGCGACGAAUGGUCGGGAAGCAGUCGUCCAAGCGGAGGAUGCAAAAGGAGGAGGAGCAGAGACAGCGCCGAGAGGAGAAGGAUCGACGAAAAGAGGAGAAGUUGCGGAUUGAAGCGGCAAAAAUGUCGGAAAAGAUUCGGCGGAUGGCGGAAAGUGGUUAUGCUUUGGGCCCCAGUGGCUGGGUGAGACUGGAUUGGCUGUCAGCCGGUGGACAGGCAGACGUGGGCGCGCCCAAUUUUGAGGCAGUGAAGGGACCAACGGAAGAAGAGGAGAGUGAUGCUGCCGAAGACUACGCAGCCGACGACGCUGAUCAGGCAGACCCCUUCGAGGUCGUGGAGCAGAAGCCUGUACCGGAGGAUGAACGGAAGCAGCCAGAGCCCGUCUCUAUCGAUGAUGUGCUGGCGGAUAUCGACAGACAGCAGCGGGAAGGCCUGUCAACCUGGAUGAUGUAG